AUGUGUGGAGGUGCGGAGGAGACGGAGAAUCACCUGUUUUUUGCAUGUGAGUUUAGUCGUGUUUUGUGGUACUGUUGCUUUUUGCAGAUAGAUAUCACGGCUAUUAUUGGGCGAGAUUUUCAUGAGACUUGGAAGGGGUUAUGUAUGAGAUUUCAUGAAGAUGAUAAGAAGGAUGAGUUGCUGCAGGAGUGUGUGUUUAUUAUGUGGAGAAUAUGGAAGAGUAGGAAUGAAAUGGUGUUUCAUGAGGUGUUAAAUGAUCCCAUGGAUAUGAUUCACUUGGUACGUAAGCAACUUUUGGAAUUUAGAGUUUGCACCUCAGUGGCAAAUCAUGAAUCUGGGGGGAGUGACGCCGUGGAUGGGGCUGUAUUUGCUGGACAGCCAGUACGGUGGAAGCGGCCAGGUUUUGGGGUGAUUAAGGUCAACUGCGAUGGCGCAUGGUGCUCUAAGACAUGCAAAGGUGGAUAUGGCUGGGUAAUGCGGGAUUUUGCUGGUUUGUUGAGUGUGGCUGGAGGGGGGGAGGAGGGUGGACUAUUCUUCAACACGGUGGCUAUGGUGGAAGCUGCGGCAAUUCGUGCAGCAUUAUUGGUUUGUCUGGAGUUGGGUUAUGAGGAAGCGGAGAUCGAGUCUGAUUCUCAAGUGAUAAUUAGUAUGAUUAAUGGGAAUUAUGUGGUGGGUGCGACUUUGGAAUGCUAUAUUCAUGAUAUUGGUCAGUUGGUCUCUCAAUUUCGAGGGGUGAGGUUUGGUUUUGUCAAGCAGAAUGGAAAUGCCGCUGCUCAUGCUAUCGCCUCAUACGUUGCCUCACUUAGAGUUGCCUUCCAUUGGGAUGCUAUUGGUCUGGAAUUUUUAUUUAAUAUUCUUGCUGAAGAUGUAAACAUUCAUAUUAGAAUUUAA